UCCACCUGGAUCCGCGAAUGCUCAUUAGCGUCAAUUCGCAAUCCCUUCCUCGAGGAGGGGGGCAAGGAAGAGACGAGUAUGCUCGCUAUACAUAGGAAACGAAUUUCACGAGAUAUAUCUCUAUUAUUAUAUCGAUCGAAAAAACAUUUCCUCUCUCUCUUACUAAACAAAAAGGGGGAGGCUCCGAAAACCGUUGCUCCCCAACGGGAGCCAAGAAUAGAAUUUCACCGGGUUCGAAAACCCGUGAAAACACGUACGUGAACGAAAUCGAGGUCUAUCGGGUACGUCGACCGGCGGGGGGAAGGGAGGAGGAGGAGGAGGAGGAGGAAGGGUACGCGAGAGGGGGCAGCGUGUGCACCAGAUAGAGGAAUACGACGAGGAAGUAAGAGGGAGGGAGGGGGGAGGGGAGAGGAAGAAUUCGGGUGGAGGCAAUGGACGCGGUGGCGAGAGAGGAGAGGGGAGAGGUUGGCUUGUUUUCAAUGGUGUCGAAGCCGCGAUCGAAUUGUGCGUACCGUUUCUGUCCUCCUUAGUCGGCAGCGGUCCCACUGCCCCCUCCCCCUUCUCAGGUGAGCUCGAGGAAGAGUCGUGCGCCGCGGCUCGGCCAGGUGUACCCAGUGCCUAAGAGCCAGCCGGUCGACGUCGUUAUACCCUGCAGCGCGGGUAUACUCUCGCGAAGGUAUUCCAUCCAGUAUUAUCAUUGCAAAUCGUCGUUUAAUCCCGGUGGGUUUAAGGACGUGGUAAAGACGCGCGCGAACGGGCUCAUCGAACUGCUCUCUGUGAAAUCUUUUAUCGUCUUUUAUCGUCCUCCCUCGUCCUUCGGGUUUUUCAUUGUGCGCGCGGCGAUUAUUUCCACUUCUCCUCUCCUGUCAAGUGUCUUGCCUUCCCCCUCGACGUCUCGAGGCGACGAGUGUGAGACGUACGCACGAUUUCGAUAGGAUAUUUAUCGGAUCGGUGGAAUAUAUCUGCGGACGGAACGGCGAAAGCUAGAGAAGGCUUGUCGUUUAAUAAAUUUUGACAGUUGAAGAUCGAGUAACAGGUGGAGCGGCACGAUGACAAGACUCAUCACGGCAUUGCUGGUGCUGCAGGCUAUCGCGAGGCUCGGUCGCGUGGCGGCCGCAGAUUCCACGCACGCGGCCGACCAACCGGCCCCAUCCGCGGUCCCAUCGGGGCUUUCUGGGCCAGAUUACACCGGGCCAUCGGCCGGUUCCGACGAGUGCGACCCAGAAAUGGUCGGGUUCGAGUUGGUGACCGGCUACGUGUUCACCGCGCCCACGAACAUGCUCGAGUCCAUACCGGGAACCCUGAUGCUCACCGAUUGCUUGGAGACCUGUCAAGCGAACGAUUCCUGCCAGGCGGUGAACUACGAGACGGGUCUGUGCGUUCUCUUCAGCUCGAACGCCGACAGCAAUCCAGGUGCCCUCUCGCAGUCCCAAUUCCCAGUGUUCACGAUUUACGCCCAGAAGAGUUGCCUGGCAGUGAAACCGUGCGAACGCGCCUGGUGCAUCGACAGGGUGCAGGGGCACCGUCUUCAGGGCCACACACGUAGAACCAUGAACGCCUCCUCGCGACAACACUGUCUCGAGCUCUGUUUAGGCGAGAGAGAUUUCCUCUGCCGAUCUGCCAAUUACGCAAACGCAACGAAACAAUGCGAAUUAUCGGACAUGGAUCGGCUGACCGUCGCCGGAUCGAACGCUUUCCAAUCCUCCAAAGGGUUCGAUUACCUCGAGAACCACUGCGUGGACGAACCGGUGAAACUUUGCGAAUUCAAGAAACUGUCCGGCCGUAUUUUGAAAACCGUGGACUCCGUUUACCAAGAUGUUGGCAGCACCGAGGAGUGCAGGGAGCUCUGCUUGAAUUCCCCGUUCCGUUGCCAUUCCUACGAUUACGGGGACACGGGUGACAUGGUGUGCCGUCUCAGCCAUCACUCCAGAGCCACUCUUUCGGAUAUUCAGGAACCUUAUCUGGACGUGCCUGAGGGAUCGACGUACGAGUUGAGCUCUUGCUACAACGUGACCAUAGAUUGCCGUGCCGGGGACAUGGUGACGAGGAUCCAAACGAGCAAAUUGUUCUACGGGAAGGUGUACGUGAAGGGGUCGCCGAAUUCUUGCGUGCAGGACGUGAAGGGCGCGUUGGAGUUCGAGCUGAAAAUGGCUUACGACGAUCUGGAGUGCAACAUAAGGCAGCAGGGGCUUGGCCGUUACCUGAACGACGUGGUGAUCCAACACCACGACACCAUCGUGACGAGCUCGGACCUCGGGCUGGCCGUCACCUGCCAAUACGAUCUCACCAACAAAACCGUAUCGAACGAGGUCGAUCUCGGCGUGCACGGCGACAUAACGCCCGCCCUUUCCGAGGAAGUGAUCGUCGACUCGCCCAACGUCGCGAUGAAGAUCACCGAUCGCAGCGGGAACGAGGCGAUCCCCUCGGCCGAAGUCGGCGACCCGUUGGCCCUCAAGUUCGAGAUACUGGACCCGAACAGCCCGUACGAGAUAUUCGUACGCGAGCUGGUCGCAAUGGACGGCGUCGACUCCAGCGAGAUAGUCUUAAUUGACUCGGACGGCUGCCCCACCGAUCACGUCAUCAUGGGCCCCCUCUACAAGUCGGCCACCACCGGCAAGAUACUUCUCUCGCACUUCGACGCGUUCAAAUUCCCUAGCUCGGAGGUGGUACAGUUCCGGGCCCUGGUCACGCCUUGCAUGCCCACCUGCGAGCCGGUGCAGUGCGAUCAAGAGGAGGCGACCGGCGAGCUUCGGUCCGUCAUCUCGUACGGGAAGCGGCGUCGCCGCCGCUCGGCCGGCUCCCAGACCCGCGAGGACCUGCUUCUCGUCCAGUCGAUCCAGAUCACGGACAAGUUCGGGUUCGAGCACGACAGCAAGGCGUCGAACGCGAGCUCGGCCAGCAGGGACACGGUGUUCGUCGAGAGCGAGGACAUAUCGUCAACCAUGGGCAUGUGCAUCAACCUGGGCGAGGCGAUCGUCGCGGGGACCGUGUUCCUCGUCGCGCAGAUCGCCAUCAUAGCCGCGUGGACGUUCACCUGGCAGAGACGUAGGCAGAUGCUCAAGCAUCAAGAGGCGCUCUCGGUCUCGGUCUCGGUCCCGGGGAUGCACUCCGUCCCAGGACGCACCGACAGCCUCUGUAAGUUGUACGACACGGGAUAUUCAGCGCGCCGUUUCUGAGCAGCACACAUUUUUUCCUUCCCUCCGGAUCUCUUUCGAAUAACUCCCUCCGAAAUAUUGUUUCCUCGAGAGAAUUCUCUUUGGGUUUUUUUAUAUUCGAACAUUAUUUUAUAAGGAAGUGGAAGUUGAGAGGAGGAAUCGAAUGGAUCGAUUGGAGGAAUUUUCUUCUUUCGCGCAUCAUCGAGUUCUAUUAUCCGGAUGAAAAUGAAUCUUCUCUUUCACCUUUUUUUUUAUAAGAAUCAUCCGCGUGCAUCUCUUUCUCUUCAUUUACAGGGGAGGGAUAAAAACGAUCGAUCCUCGAGCGGGAGGAGGUGGCUCCUGGCUAAUAAAUUGGGUUUAAUUGGGUUCGAUGGUCGCGGGGAACAUUUGUUGGGGAAAAAGAAGGGGAAAAUCUUUCGAUAACACCUGCAAUUUCAAUUAACGAACACUGGCGUGUAAAAAAGGGGAGGAAAGGGAAUUAUUUCUUCUCCCCGGAUUCGCGAAAAUCGGAUGAUGCAUCGCCAACACCUUUCUUGCACUUCCAGUCGAACAUUUUCUCCUCUCCCCAACUCGAUUACAUUCAUAUUCCCCAAAACAAACUUGUUGCAAAUUGACUCGUAAAGGAUCACAGAUUCACAGAAAACUCUUAUCCAGAACCCUUAAUCAGAAGGAGAUUGUUCUCGAUCGAUAUCAUCCCCUCGUGAACCAAACUCUCGUCGUUAAUCUCUCUCCAAUUUUUCUUGCGACGUUCGUCUCCCCUCAUCAUUCGAUCUACCCCUACGCGAGAUCAGAAGGGAUAUAAAAGGGGGUGGAAAUAAGGCGAAGCGUGGACGAGGCGUGGUUCCGGACUGGGCGUGAUGGAGGUCGACGUGUACUUGCUGGAUACGGACUCUAAUUAGCAUUGGGAAUCGAGCAUGAUUAUGCAGAUGCUCCGAGUGGGGAUAUCAACAGGAGGGAGGGUUGCGAUGGGCGUCAAGGGGUUGGCGGAAGGUUAAUUGCCUCUUGCGGCGUCUCGGGGUUAAGCUAAGCUUCGCGCUCUCGGAGGAGUCGAGGGGUGGGGAGAGGCUGGGUUGAGGUGGAAACGAGAAACGGCGCUGGGAUCGCGUCAAGGUUAGAUACCUAGGGAUCGUAUAACCUAACAUCCCUCUAUCCUCGACUUAACCUUAGCCACCAGAUUUCCUCGGCCCUUCCUCGGCGGUGGCGUUUGCUUAAUUUACAUCGCGACACGUGAGCUUAUCAAUCUGAGACGACUCUCGCUCCGCUUGCUGCGAGCUUCGUGGCUAAUCAACGGGAUAAAGUCUUUGAAGUCGCGGAUAGAAGUAGACGCGUGUAAACAGGGAUUAUUAAUAUCGUGAUGAGAGAGAGAGAGAGGAGGGAGGUGAAUGAACUUGUACAUUGUUGAUUAAUGUCGUUGAAAUAUUGAAAUUGAUCUAAAUGAUAUAAAAUAAUUGGCCAAAGGUCUACUUGUAACUAUAUGAAAUGGGAAUUGUUUUUCAUUAGUUUUUCUAUUUAAUUUAAUUUAAUUUGAUUCAAAAAAGUAUAAAAUUAAUUUAUGGAAAAUUAUUCGAUUUUCAAAAAGUUGUUUCAAAAUGCAUAAAUACAUUGAUAGAUAUGUAGUUAAUAGUCGCGUGGCGCUAGUGUCGCUUCAUUGGUCGAUAUAGCGUUAAGAAUAAUUGAAAACGCAUUGAUUGGUUUGAAAAAGACACGAAAUCUUUCGAUACAAUUCCAAUGUAAGUUUCCAAAUUACGAAAAUUCGAUGACUGUUCAUCACUGGUCGAGGAUGAAACGUUUAGAAAUUGUGUAUUUCGAAAUUUUCGAAAUAUUAGUUCGAAGAUUCAAAUAUAUAUCCGGAAAGUUAUAACUGGAUCUUAACUUGGAAAUAUAGAGGGGACACGAGCGAUAUAAUGAUUCGAAUUUACACGAAGUAUUAACGUAACAUAAGUCUUAUUUAGCAAAAUUAAGCAAUUUUUAUGCUAAAUGAAACUGAAACCGAACAAUAAGACAGAUGGUUCCAUGACGAGGAUGAGCGAUACCGAAAGGGUUGGAUAAAUUUAAAUCGGUUAGGGUCGCGUUCCUGCGGGACUCCAUCGAUUCGGGGAAAAGGAGAGGAGGGUUAAUUGAGAAACUUGAAAAUUUGAAUACGCUCGCCAAGACAAAUGGUGAGGGGCGAGCGAAAGAGGAAGAUAAAGGCGGGGCAAAGUGUGAGUCCUCGAUUAGCAUGGGGACGUUUGCGUUUCAGUUAAACUUCUGGGGAUCUCCCCUCUGUUCGACAUUUGUCUAUCGUCGGCAAACACGCCUAUCUCUCUCUCUCUUAUCACGAUAUAUCAUUCGUUCUCUUUUUUUUUUCACUUUCAAAUUUUAUUAUCAAAAAGUUCUUCAAGAAAUUGAACUUCCCUUUAAGAAGAAUCAGAAUCGUCUGGUUGCACGUUUGCAACAAUAGACUCUUUCGAUCGUCGCUCGAUUCUGCGGGUAUAAUUUUCUAGUAACGGGAAAGGACAACGCGUCGCGCCUCCCUCCCUUGUUCUCCAUCGGUAAUUCGACGACCGACAACUCGAGUUACUGACAAGCCGCGCAAAAAAAAAAAAAAAGAAAGAAAGAAAGAAAGGAAAAAGAGAAGGAAGAACGAGCGACAAUGAAACCGGUGAAAAAAAUGUCACCAACCGAGAAGAUAUCGAGGUAAACGUUGAAAGGACGCGCGCUUUAAUUAUUGGUACUAAUUGCCGUGGAGAUUGCUAGGCUUUCUCUCACUUCGCACAAUGGGGACGCGAGGCUAAAUGGGAUUUCUCUUUUGAGUCGAAUGGCAUUGAUUGAAAACUAUAGGAUACCUACGUAGUGUGACGUUAGUUUCCCCUCUCCAAAACCAUUAGACCACGUUAACCGGAGCCCUAUUGUCGGAGAACACGCGCUCCUCUCCUCCCGCUUCGCCGACUAUAUAUAUAUAUAUAUACAUACAUACAUACAUACACUGUGCUUACUAUUUUACUAAAAAAAAAAAAAAAAAAAAAAAAAAAAAAAAAAAAAAAAGGAAUAAUCAAUAAUAACAAUGUAUACACGAACGACGAGAUAAGAGAUCGCCAAUUACGGUGCCUGAACACGCGUUUAACAAACGCGACAUUAUUCUAUUCUCUCUCUCUCUCUCUUUUUUUUUCAUUUUACACUUACUAGCUAAGGAUUUUUCUUUUUUUUUUUUCGCUAAACGCUGACGUAGUAUAUCCAAUUUGCUUGUGGUGAGAGGGUAGAGCCAAUUUUUUUUUUUUUUUUUUUUUUUUUUUCACUCAAACUCCGUUCGAACGACUUGAACGAACGGAUAUAGGAAUUGCGGGACGCGAACGCGUAUGCGCACGAAGUGCGUGCGUGACUCGCCGCUCGCGAUGUUUUUAGAGGUAUCAUCCUAACACAGAUAUACACACACACACACACAUAUAUGUACGAGAGCAUACGAGAUGGCGCAUGAAGAAUUUCGUUCUCUCUCGCCUGACGAUGAGGGAAAAGGAUUCGAGACAAUUGCAAUUCGCGAUGCUCCAAGUCGCGGGUACACAGUCAUCGUGUUUCUCGUGGACAAAGUCGAGGGGGUUUGAGAUUUUCUCGCGCCAUCUUGUAGAAGAAACAGCAUUAUUUUCUUUUUUUUUUUUUUUUUAUAUAUUCAUUGUAGCUCUGUAUAACCGAUACAUAGAAACGACGAUCGAGCACUUUUCAUCGACUUGAUCGAACCGAAUUAUUUUUUGCCGAUGAUUUUUUUUCUUUUUCUUUUUUUUUUCUUUUGUCGAAUUACUCGGUCUAAUACAAGUUUGAUCCAAGUCAAUGGAAAUUGUUCCCACAAUUGAAACAAUGUAACGUCGAUUUAUAUAAGUGUACUCCCUUUAAUCGUAUAUUUUUAUUUUUUUUUUUUUUUUACUUUGUUUUAUCAUAUACGCGUAUACGAUGGAAGUAAAAAAUCGUGCAGAUAUACGACAAACACAUAUAUAUGUAUUCGUCAUUUGAUUAUUUACGUAAUUAAGAUUAAGAUUAACACGCGGCCUGCUUGCGAGCAAGGUGCAGAAGCCGGCGUGAAACGAAAUAAUAUUAGGCUCGAGGACGACCCCUCUCUCGAAUGAUGAAAAUGGCGCCAAGAGAAUCUACUUGCGCGUAAACACCGGCAACACGCCUUGGACUCGGUCUUAACUUUCGUGAGUUAAGAAGUUUGUCUUCCCUCCUCCCUUCUCUUUUCUUUUUUUCCUCCCUUCUUUCGCCUUGUUCUUCUUAACGAGCCUUAUAAUAUCCCCCUCCCCAGCCUUCUUCUUAUCGGCGAGUGUUUACAAGUCGGUGCAGAGACGUCGGUGCUUGUCCUCGAGCCUGAGGUGCGCGCCUAUUCCGUCGUAAGCUCGAAAAAGCUCGAGUCUGUUCUGUACCCUGACAAGCGUGCAUGUUUUCUCCGCACCUUUUCUUUUUUUCCUCUCUCUCCUUCCUCUCAUUAUUCGUCCUCUUUCUUCGUCCCCCCCCUUUCCCUGACCCUGAUAAUUUUCGAUUACGCGAUCACGUACAGAGCUUACCCGGCUAAAUCGAGCGAUAUUCUCAUUUUAUUUUUUUCUUUUUUUUUUUUAAAUAACAACGCGCACCAAUCAUGAUGGCUUAUUUAUUUUUUACGUUUAACGUAUAACGCUCUUCAAGAAUACUCGUAUCUUGUCACGUUUAUCAUUUUUUUAUUAUUAUUAUUAUUAUUAUUAUUAUUCUAAUUAUUAUUAUCUUUUCUUCUUUUUCUUCUUCUUCUUUUUUUUUUUUUUUUUUAGAUUUCUAUCCUUUCGCCUUAUGCGUAUCUGGCAAUACGAUCUAGUUUUUUUUUUUUUUUAACAAUGUCUUUAUUCGAACGCGGUAUACGACGAAAAGAAUCGUAAUAAUGUAGGAGACGAGCAUGUAUGAGAAUGUAAUUUCCCGUAUCCGUCCAAUAGAGGAAUGAAUUUCGAAUUUUGCGUACCCGCGUCCGAGCAACUCUGCGAAUAUAAUUUUUUUUCCUUUUUUUUUUUUUUAUACAUAUAUAAAUAUAUAUAUAUAUACAUACACAAGAUAUCAAGACGUCACACUUUGGCUAUAAACUUCGUAUAUGUCAGUACCGUAAUACACACGAUGUACAUAGCAUAUAUGGUACAGAGAAAAUAAACUCAUUUUAUAAGGAA